GUGAGCCCUGUGUCAUCCGGGUGUCUUUAUCAGGGAACUUAUCCGGAAAUCGGUGGGGUGUACGUAGAAACGCGGAGGGUCUGGGGGAUCUUCUGGUGAGAAAUGGCUCCCAAAACCUUUAGAGCUGCUAUAGCAGACGCGCUGCGGAAUCUGUCAAAGGAAAACUUGGAAAACUUUUGCUUCAUGCUGCUGGACCGCAGGGAAGAGCCGAGAGUCCGGCGCAUCCAGGUGGAGGGAAAAACCUGCCAAGAGAUCGCUAACGUCCUGGUUUCUACUUUUACCGAGGCUAAAGCUCUUGACGUGACUGUGGAUCUGUUGAAGGAGGCAAGGUGCGAGAACGAAGCCCAGGAACUCUUGGAAGAAACAGAGGCACUGCGCUCAGAGCUUGGUUCCAGUGAUGCUGCAAGACCAUCAGCUGGAGCAUCUGGUGGAGAUACCAUGACGGAUGAAGAGAAAAUUGCCACGGUAUCUCCACAAUUUAGCCUCCGCUAAGAUGUCAUCCAACAGGAGAGUUGUGAUAAAGUCCAACUUCUGCCCACCACUCAGAUGAAGAUGAGGGAGCUCUACUGUGCUUGCUUGAAAGCUGGCCCUAACUGCAAAGAUGUCUUUUUGAAACUUGAGGAAAAUGAGAAAUAUCUCAUCGAGGAACUCAAGAACAAAUAAAUAUUUGGAUACAUUUUAGGACAUACUUACAGCCCUCCUAAAUAAAUUACAUUUUUUUAACAACUAGGAAAUACUGAUUUUAGCACCAUGUUCCUGUGGAGAAAUGAAGAGUAUAUCCACUUCUGCACACACCACUGCACCACUGAUAACAUGAAUGUUUCAGCAGAACUGUGCCUCUUUCAAUGAGGGUCUUUUAAUUACAUUGUAUUAAUUAGAUUGAAUCCUGUUACAGCCAGAAUAUGCAAAUAUUUAUCAUGUCAAUGUGGAUUAAUAAUCCCCUCCUGUCUUUUUUAUCAAUUUGCAUCAAAUGAAGUGCUCCCACAUUUAACCAUUUUUAAUGUCAAUUUAAAUUGAAUUGUAAGAAUUUUUCCAAAAAUGCUUAAGAUCCUAAUUUCUUGGAUGUUUUUUUAACAAGUGGAAUCAAUUUACAUUUGGAGAUUAUUUUAAAAUGUUCAAUGUACAAUGAACUUCCUGUUAAACAUGAAUAAAAUGUUCUGAUUUCUGUG